AAGCCUCUGCAGCUUUGUCAAAUUCCUUUCAGAUUUCUCAGGGCAGGCAGGAAUCCAAGUUGUGACUUCAGCAAACUAAAUGAGACUUUGCUUGACUCAAAGUUGCUUGACUCAAGCAGGUCCUUUAUAUAGGCUGUGGGGUAUGGCUCCAUAACUCAGCACUUAUCCAGGCCUGCCCCUCCCUUCCUUCUACUGACGUCACCUCUCAGAUCUCCGGAAGCGAGGAUCUUCCCACUUUGAAUUGUUUUCUGCUGUUUGAGAAAGGGAGGGGUCAGAAGGCGUAGGCCCGAGCAAUUCCAAUCCGUGGCUGUCUUCCUCUGAUGGCUGAGCCAAAGGAACACACACCACAUCAGUGAGGUUUCCUAUCAAAAAGCAAAGCAACAAGCAAAAAGGAGAAAGGGAUGAUAGUAUCUUGGAGAAAUCAGAUGAAAUAGCCAAACUGCUGAUCUGAAUGUUAGUGGUUGGGAGAUUACCUGAACAACUAUGAAAGUCUGGCUGCUCCUGGUUGUUGCUUUUCUUCUCUGGACAGGCUGCUCUUCUCAAAAUGCAUGUGAAGAACCAGAUGAGAUUGACUUUGGGGAAAUUGUGAGCGCUGAGAAAGCCAAAUACCUGGAAAACGACCGAGUGCAAUACAGGUGCAACCCUGGCUAUGUCUUGGAAGGUCCUGAAUGGAUUCAGUGUCAGGGACAAGAAUGGACACCUCCUCCACCAAAAUGCUUGGCGCCCUGCAGUAUCACAAGACAACAGCUAGCAGCAAAAAACUUGUUUGUGUUUGGGAGUCCAAGAAAAGCUCGGCUUAUUCAAAGUAAUCAGAGACUACAAUUUCAGUGUAAUGAUGGGUAUGUGCUUGUAGUUCCAUCAGUCAGAAAGUGUAUUGAUGGUUACAUGGAUUUCCCAUUAUGUAUCUCUGAAAGAGGAAAAAACUGCGGGGAUCCACCGACGAUUGAGAACGGAGAUAUUAUUCCUUUAUUUGAGCAGCAAUACAGAUCUGGCUCUUCAGUAGAAUUCAGAUGCCAAAAGUAUUAUGCCAUGGAAGGCCAGACCAGAUCUUUUUGUGACAAUGGGACCUGGACAAAAGUGCCUGUUUGCCUCCAAAUUACAUGUAACUCUCCGAAUAUAUUGAACGGUUCUUUCCGACCUCAAAGAACUAUAUACUAUGAUGGGGAUCUAAUUCUAAUUCGGUGUGACAGUGGAUUUAUUUUUGAACCAGAUAAUGGAGAAAAGGUGGCUGAAUGCACAAAGAAUGGAUGGUCACCUCCACCAAAAUGUAUCAAUACUGAGGGAGGAUGCGGACCUCCACCUGCUGUGGACAAUGGAGACAUUGUGGAGACACUCAAGAAAAACUAUGUCGAGUCUGAAAGUGUAACUUAUCAGUGCCAAAAUUUCUACAUAAUGGAAGGAUCUGCAAGGGUGACUUGUCAAAAUGGCCAUUGGUCACGAGCACCAGCAUGUAGAGAUACUGAGGGAGGAUGCGGACCUCCACCUGCUGUGGACAAUGGAGACAUUGUGGAGACACUCAAGAAAAACUAUGUCGAGUCUGAAAGUGUAACUUAUCAGUGCCAAAAUUUCUACAUAAUGGAAGGAUCUGCAAGGGUGACUUGUCAAAAUGGCCAUUGGUCACGAGCACCAGCAUGUAGAGAUACUGAGGGAGGAUGUGGACCUCCACCUGCUGUGGAUAAUGGAGACAUUGUGGAGUCACUCAAGGAAAACUAUGUCGAGUCUGAAAGUGUAACUUAUCAGUGCCAAAAUCUCUACAUAAUGGAAGGAUCUGCAAGAGUGACUUGUCAAAAUGGCCAUUGGUCACGAGCACCAGCAUGUAGAGAUACUGAGGGAGGAUGUGGACCUCCACCUGCUGUGGAUAAUGGAGACAUUGUGGAGACACUCAAGAAAAACUAUGUCGAGUCUGAAAGUGUAACUUAUCAGUGCCAAAAUCUCUACAUAAUGGAAGGAUCUGCAAGAGUGACUUGUCAAAAUGGCCAUUGGUCACGAGCACCAGCAUGUAGAGAUGCAACGUGUCCCACAUCCCCUAUAGUUGAAAAUGCUGAAAUUACUGGGGAUACAAUGAAGAAGUACAUGAAUGGCGAGAAAAUAAAUUAUCGGUGCAAUGAUGGUUUUGAAAUAUCUGGAUCAGCUGUUGUAACAUGUAGACAAAAUAACUGGUCGCGCUUGCCAAGAUGUGUAGAUGUAAGAUGUUCUUCUCCCCCUGAAAUUCAAAAUGGUCAGAUUAUUGGUGAAAUAAAGGAAAAGUAUUUGCCCCGGGAGAAGGUGCAGUAUCGAUGCAACACAGGUUAUACUCAUCUUCGAUCUCCUUUCAUUACAUGUUCGAAGAAUGGUUGGACACAAACACCAAAUUGUACAGAUAUUGGGGAAAACUGUGGACGGCCACCUCACGUGGAGAAUGGAGACAUUACAGACUUAUCCAAGCCAAUCUAUUUACAUUCUGAACGUGUAAUUUAUCAGUGCCAAAAUUUCUAUACAAUAGAAGGUUCUCCAAACGUGACUUGUCAAAAGGGUCGUUGGUCACAAACACCAACAUGUAGAGCGGCUUGUACAGUAAGUAAAGAAGAUAUGAGAGAACACAAUAUAAGGCUGAAGUGGAGAUAUGGGGAUAAAAUAUAUUCUGAGGAUGGAAAUACAGUGGAAUUUGUAUGUUUAAUAGGCUAUAAACAACAUCCAAAUACCAGAUCAUUAAGAGUUAAUUGUGUGGAUGGGAAAUUUGACUAUCCGUAUUGCAUUCCUAUCUAACUAAAUGAACAGCAGAACGUGUACACCAUUCUUUGAACCAGAAGAUGAAUGUCAAAAAUCAUUUAUCAUUCUCCUAAAAUUUGAUCACAUUAAAGUGUAUUGUCUAUAGCUAUCAACAAUGUAUCUUAACCUAAAAGUCUACUUUGUAAAAACCAAAUUUUACCAACUGGGAAAAAGUGAACAUUUAAAAACAAGUCUAUAGACUAUCUUUAAGGAAGAUACAUCUAGAAUGAGGAAUUUUCAUUUUCUUUAAUAUACAUUUCAUUUGUAAACAUUUGAUUAAUCUGAAUUAUCAGUCAGCAGGCCAUUUUAACCCAAUAAAAAUAGAUAAUUGUAAUUAAUAUUUUUAGCUUAUAGAUGUGCUGAGUUCUUUAAAAAAUAAAAAUAAAUAAAUGUUUUUUUC